AUGCAGUGCGGCUGCAGCUCUUCAGCAGAACACCUUCCAUCGCCUUACUGGAGUCGAACAGUGCUGUUCCCCGACUGGGCCUACAAACCAGCCUGGUCGCCCGGCUCCAGGCAGGUCCAGCUGUGGCACUUCCUGCUGGAGCUGCUGGGGCGGGGCGAGGGCGGCGCCAUCGGCUGGGGAGGGGAGUGGGGCGAGUUCAUCAUCCGGGACCCCGAGAGGCUGGCCAGGCUCUGGGGGGAGAGGAAAGGCAAGCCGCACAUGAACUACGACAAGCUCAGCCGGGCGCUCAGAUACUACUACAACAAACGCAUCCUGCACAAGACCAAAGGGAAAAGAUUCACCUACAAGUUCAACUUCAGCAAACUCAUUCUGGUCAACUAUCCAGGACACCCACCGCCGGCCGGCCAUCAGCUGGUACAGAGCGGCCCCCUUCCCAUUCCUCUCCUCCCCGCUGAGAGCGGUGUUCCUCUGUGUGGAGGAGCAGGGUCAGUGAUGGACAGAGCAGUCCAGUCUGUCCCUUACCCCCUCUGGCUCCCGUGCUGCCUCCCCAAGCCCAUCCCGACGCCCCGCGCUCUCCACGGCCACUUCCCCUUCAUCUCCGCCCCUGCACGUCCAGGGGCCAGCCUGAGGGAGCUGAGGGAGCUAAGGGAGUCAGGCCUCCCACCUCUGGCCUCGGCCCUCCACGUCAGCGCUAACGGCUGGCCGCACAAGAGCCCCGCAGGGUGGGAUCUGAACCACAUCAGUCGAAGCCUGUUUGGUGGAGUGAAGCAGACUGAGAUUCAAGGAGAGGAGGGGAGAGUGGGGAGUGAGGCACAGAUGGGGGAGAGAGAGUGA